UUGAAUAGUCGUCUUUCCCCGGAAGCUCCCUUUUUUUCCCCGAGAAAGUGACGGAAAAAGAGAUCCAAACGGGAAAAUCUCUCCUUUUUCUCGGAGACAAUCGAACUGGAUUCCUUUGGACAAAGACCUAUGUCUCUCACUCCGAUUCUCAUCGCAUCUUUUCUCUUCUUCUUCCAUGUUCCUUCGACAUCCGCAGCCGAUGGGUCAUCGGCGUACACCGUCCUCCAGAGUUACAACUUCCCCGUAGGAAUCCUUCCUCAGGGAGUGGUGGGAUAUGAUCUGGAUAGAUCCACCGGGAAGUUCCACGCGUAUUUCAACGAUUCGUGCAGCUUCUCUCUCGAAGGUUCUUACCAGUUGAACUACAAAUCCACAAUCAGUGGGUACAUAUCGCCGAACAAGCUCACAAAGCUGACUGGUGUGAAGGUUAAGGUCCUGUUCCUGUGGCUCAACAUCGUGGAGGUCGUCAGGAAUGGCGACGAGCUCGGUUUCUCCGUCGGGAUCACGUCCGCUAACUUCGGGAUCGACAAUUUCUUCGAGUCGCCGCAAUGCGGCUGUGGGUUUGACUGCAAAGGGUCGAAAAUGGAGGAAUCUGGGAGAAGCCCUUUGGUUUCUUCUGCUUGAAGGUAAUUGUGUUGUUGUCAAAAUGCCAUCUUUGGCACCGAAUCUGAACUCUUGAAUGCGCAUUGACGUUCUUCUGUAUAAUUUCCGUCUCCAUCCAAUAAUUUGACAGCAAUUUCUGAUUUCCA